CCAAAACUAAACGCAUGCGCAUAUGACGGCCCCAGUCCUUUGACGCCAUUUGAAACAUCGCAGGACUGUUUUUCUUCAGAUAACAUUGAUUAAUCGGCGAGCCUAAGUACUGAGCUGAUUGUCCAUAGUGUCUUUCAGACAAAUGGAUGGCGAAGAGGACGAAUUCUUCUCCGGGAACCACUCUGAUGGUGGUGGCACCCCGGUACAGGACGAAAAUGCUCCCGGUUCAGAUGCGGAAGAGGAGAGGAAGGAGUCGUGCCACUCAGAGGAUGAGAAUAGUCAUGGUGAGGGAGCAGCUCAGGCCAUGGAGACAAACGGUUUGGCCAGUGGGUCAGACAACGAGGGCCACAAAAGGGAGGACAGUGACUCUGAGGAGGAGGAACCAGUCAAACGCGGCACCUCAGACAUAGAGUGCACCCCCCCACCCAAACGCAGAGGCAGCAACUCAGACAUAGAGUGCACCUCCCCACCCAAACGCAGAGGCAGCAACUCAGACAUAGAGUGCACCUCCCCACCCAAACGCAGAGGCAGCAACUCAGACAUAGAGUGCACCUCCCCACCCAAACGCAGAGGCAGCAACUCAGACAUAGAGUGCACCUCCCCACCCAAACGCAGAGGCAGCAACUCAGACAUAGAGUGCACCUCCCCACCCAAACGCAGAGGCAGCAACUCAGACAUAGAGUGCACCUCCCCACCCAAACGCAGAGGCAGCAACUCAGACAUAGAGUGCACCUCCCCACCCAAACGCAGAGGCAGCAACUCAGACAUAGAGUGCACCUCCCCACCCAAACGCAGAGGCAGCAACUCAGACAUUGAGGGUCCCCCAGUCAAACACAGAGGCUGCACCUCUGACAUGGAGGAGAAAGAAACCAAGCAGGCUGCAGCCGGGAGCGACUCUGAGAACGAGGAUCAGCCCCCGUCUCCAGCCCGGAGCAGACACUCGACUGCACGCAGUGAUUCUGAGACGGAGGUGCCCGAACACAAAGCACAGAUCGAGUCUGAUGGAAAGGAGGAGGAGUGCGGUGAGAAGAAGGGGAAGUGGAAGGCUGUAAUGCAUUCUGACAGUGAGGAUGAGGUGGAGGCUCGGUCAGUGAAAGCAGCUGCAGGCAGUGGCCAGGAGAAGGAUAGUCCCGCAAAACAGGUGGUGGACGAUAGUGAGGAUGACGACGCAAUGCCAAUGAAGAGGAAGAAAGCCAUCCUGUCAGACAGUGAAGAUGAGGAGGAGAAGGCUGACGAACCAGCGUCGAAGAAGAGCCGCACUGUGUCUGACGACGAGAACUCUGACAGUAACGCAGGCUCAGAAGCGCCCGACAAAACCAUGGCCAAACUGCGGGAGCUGGGCUCAGAAAGCGAAGACGAGGAUGAUGGACAGAAGGCGGCAGGAGGGAAGAAGGACGAGAAAACACUGUUUGGUAGCGACAGCGAAUCAGGUGACGAAGAAGAGAAAAUGAUUGCUGACAUUUUUGGUGACUCAGGUGAUGAAGAGGGGGAAGAGUUUACGGGUUUCAAUCAGGAGGAUCUGGAGGGGGAUAAGAACCAAUCACAGGCCUCGGCAAAGAAAGCAAUGGCAGACGACUCAGACUCUGAUGAGGGCGUGGACAGGGGUGGUGGCCAAGACACCAGCUUCAUGUCAGACUUUGACGUGAUGCUGGCUCGUAAGAAGGCCCAGAGCGGGAAGCGACGACGGAACCGCGACGGGGGAACGUUCAUAAGUGACGCUGACGACGUGGUCAGCGCCAUGAUCGCCAAGAUGACAGAGGCUGCAGAGGAGGACAGAACACUGAACGCUCAGAAGAAGCCAGCCUUAAAGAAGCUGACCCUCCUCCCCACUGUAGUUAUGCACCUGAAAAAGCAAGACCUCAAGGAGACGUUCAUCGACAGUGGAGUGAUGUCGGCCAUCAAGGAGUGGAUUGGCCCCCUGCCAGACAAGAGUCUCCCGGCCCUCAAAAUCAGAGCGGAUCUCCUCAAGAUCCUACAGGAACUCCCCAGUGUGAGUCAGGAGACUCUUAAACACAGCGGGAUUGGCCGAGCCGUCAUGUUCCUCUACAAACACCCCAAGGAGUCACGCCCCAACAAGGACCUCGCCCUCAAACUCAUCAACGAGUGGUCCCGCCCCAUCUUUGGCCUGACAUCCAACUACAAGGGCAUGACGCGCGAGGAGAGACAACAGAGAGACCUUGACCAGCAAAUGCCGCCUAAAAGACUCCUCAGCUCAGGGGGACAGACUCCUCAUAGAGACCUGGAGAAAGUACUGACAGGAGAAGAGAAAGCUCUGCGCCCAGGUGACCCUGGGUUCUGUGCCCGAGCCAGGGUGCCCAUGCCAUCCAACAAGGACUACGUUGUGCGGCCCAAAUGGAACGUGGAGAGCGAGUCCAGAGCAGCCCCGGUUAAGAAGGGCGUGUCACGGGUGGACAAACAGUUGCGUCGCUUUGCCGACAUCAAGCGUAUGACGAAGACGGGCCACGCGGUGAAAAUCAGCGUCCAGGGCAACCGGAUGCCCCUCUGAUUUUUAAAAAACUUCUAGCUUUUUUCUGACUUUUUAUUUUAUUUCUCCUUUUUUAAUAUGUUGCUCCUAUAACGUGGGCCUAGUUCAAAUGGUUCAUCCUCAUGACUUUCUUGAAGUGAUUGGCUACGUGAAAGCAUAGGUUUCACUGAUCCAGUAAUAUCAGAGCUGUGAUUUAUUCCAAGGAAGGGAGGAUAGAAUAAUGCAAUUAUUUCUUUGAUUUGGGCCAGGGUCCGUGCGCUUUAGCCAACUCCUCUAACUAACAUGACAAUGUUUAGACGAGUUGGCUAAAGCACAUGGGACAAUUCCCUAUACAAACCCCCUCAGCCCAGCCUGAAUGGAUGAUAGUGGUGUGGCUUCACAGGCGGGGAUAGAUUCACGUUACAGCGCGAUUGAGCAGACAUGCAGCGUUUACCAAACCAUUGCAAUCGCUCCAUAUUGUUUUACUUUGUUUCUAAAGAAGCUGUACAGACGUAGGAGCUGCCUGUGUGUCUCCACUGUGUGCUGGUUGGUUCCGAAGUUACUUUCAUAAUAAAGAGGGUUUCACCAGA